UUUUAAAAGUACAACAUCUAACCCUGAUUCGUUCCCCGAAACCCCCACCAGCAUGGACAGCGGCGGCGUGCGGCCAUCGCUUCCGUCCGCGACGGCGGCGGGAGGAACCUCCGUCCCGGACGAGCCUCGCGACGCGCGCGUGGUGCGGGAGCUCCUCCGGUCGAUGGGGCUCGGCGAGGGCGAGUACGAGCCGUGCGUCGUGCACCAGUUCCUGGACCUGGCCUACCGCUACGUCGGGGACGUGCUCGGCGACGCCCAGGUCUACGCCGACCACGCAGCCAAGCCCCAGCUCGACGCCGACGACGUCCGCCUCGCCAUCCAGGCCAAGGUCAACUUCUCCUUCUCCCAGCCGCCGCCCCGCGAGGUUCUACUUGAAUUGGCACGCAGCCGGAACAAGAUCCCGCUGCCCAAGUCUAUUGCUCCACCUGGCUCGAUUCCUCUGCCACCUGAGCAGGACACACUGUUGAGUGAAAACUACCAGCUCCUACCCACACUGAAGCCACCAACUCAGACUGAAGAAAUAGAAGAUGACAACGAGGGAACCGACACAAUCCCUGCCAACCCUAGUUCAAACUAUUUGCAGGAUCAGAGGGGCAGCGAGCAACAUCAGCCUCAGAGCCAGAGCCAGAGGGUUUCUUUCCAACUGAACGCGGUGGCUGCCGCGGCUGCAAAGCGUCCUCUAGUGACAAUUGAUCAGUUGAACAUGGGCUAACUUGCUUGUGUAGCUGGCUGGGACUGCCCUUUCUGGCUAGCGCCCUCCUAUUUCACCAUGAAAAAUGCUGAUUGUUGAGGAAAGGGAGCAGCCUUGCAAGUACUCCCUCCGUAAACUAAUAUAAGAGCAUUUAGAUUACUAUUUUAGUUAUCUAAACACUCUUAUAUUAGUUUACAGAGGGAGUAGUGUAAGUCGCAGCAGUGCACCUCUGGUUAAUUAAUUUCUGUCCAUUAUUGUCAACUUAUUGAUUUUGUAUAUCUUGUCGAACUUGAGCUCCCCCGUCGUUGUUUCUGAAUGCUAAAUCGGUGUUUCUAUUGCGACUGUGUUCCUAUUA